UGAAUCGAUUUGUAUAAAAGAUUUAUAAGAAAAUGCGCGCCCUAUUUAUUAAUAUUUAAAAACAUAUUUUUGUACACGACGACAAUCUCUGAAAUAAUUUUCAGAAACAUGGUUUCAACUAAAAUGCAGUCGUCAUUAGACGAUUUGGUACAAUAUACUCAGCUAUUCAAGCCUAUGGCAACGGUUCUGCAAGGAACUAUAUUACCUUUCUUAGUAAUAUAUCCAGUGAUAUUUUAUUUUUGGAUUGUUGUAUAUGGUUUCGAAGAAAACUUUGAGGCAGGUUUUGUGACCAUUGCUGUGGUAGCAAUUAUACAAAUUCUUAUUUGCCUUUGCUGCUAUUGGAGUGUUCACAUACAAUGCUUCUUAUCUUGUACAGCCGUAAAAGAUCCCAUACAAGCAGAAAUUGUAAAAGUUGUCCCAACUUCUAAUAAUGGGUUCUCGGAAAUUGUAAAACUUCAUCAUACAAAGUCGACUACAAAAGGAAGUCUUAAUCCCGACGUUUGGUUUAUAUUUCAAAAAAGUAAAUAUGUUUAUGACUGGGACAAGAAAAUGUUCUACACAAUUGCAUUCCCUGCUAAUAAAACAUAUGAAGAGUAUAUGGAAUCUAAAGGGUAUCUUGAUGAUGAAUCAAUUGAUAUUGCAGAAAAAACUUAUGGCAAAAAUGAAAUGAUAAUGGUGGUGCCAGAAUUUAUGGAAUUAUUCAAAGAAAGAGCAACAGCACCAUUUUUUGUCUUUCAAGUAUUUUGUGUGGCUCUUUGGUGUUUGGAUAAAUAUUGGUACUAUUCAAUAUUUACACUUGUGAUGCUCGUAAUGUUUGAAUGUACUUUGGUCCAGCAACAAUUGAGAAAUAUGGCUGAAAUAAGAAAGAUGGGAAACAAACCUUAUAAUAUCAAUGUCUAUAGAAAUAGGAGAUGGCGCCAAAUUAUGAGUGAUCAAUUGUUACCAGGCGAUAUUGUGUCUCUUACUAGAUCUCAUAGCGACAAUUUAGUUCCUUGUGACAUACUACUUUUAAGAGGAUCUUGCAUAGUUGAUGAAUCAAUGUUAACCGGAGAAAGUGUACCUCAAAUGAAAGAAGCUCUCGAUAAUGAAAAGAACCUUAAAGUUAAUUUGGAUCCUGAAGGGGAAGGAAAAUUGCAUAUGUUGUUUGGAGGUACAAAAAUUGUUCAGCACUCAUCGCCAAGUAAAAACAUUACGUCAGGAUUAAAAGCACCUGAUAAUGGUUGCAUCGGCUACGUUAUACGUAAUGGAUUCAAUACAUCACAGGGUAAACUUCUAAGAACUAUAUUGUUUGGAGUAAAGCGGGUAACAGCAAACAAUCUGGAGACAUUUGGUUUUAUCUUAUUUUUGCUAAUAUUCGCAAUCGCUGCUGCUGCAUACGUUUGGAUAAAAGGCUGUGAAGAUCCAGAAAGGAAUAGAUACAAGUUGUUUUUGGAAUGUACUUUGAUAUUAACAUCUGUAGUGCCACCUGAACUUCCCAUUGAAUUAUCUCUAGCUGUGAAUACAUCGCUACUAUCACUGUCAAAAUUAGCAGUUUUCUGUACGGAACCAUUUAGGAUACCUUUUGCUGGCAAAGUGGAAAUUUGUUGUUUUGACAAAACUGGUACAUUGACGAGUGACAAUUUAGUAGUUGAAGGUGUUGCUGGAAUUGCAGGUCAUACAGAUGCAACUGUCAUACCUUUAUCAGACGCACCAAUUGAAACUAUACAAGUGUUAGCAUCAUGUCAUUCUCUGGUCCAACUCGAUGAUGGUGUGGUCGGUGAUCCAUUGGAAAAAGCAACAUUAAAAGCCGCAGAAUGGAAUCUAACAAAGGGUGACGCUGUUGUACCUAAGAAAGGGAAAUCGCCCGGUUUCAAAAUAGUACAUAGAAAUCAUUUUUCAAGCGCCCUGAAAAGAAUGUCUGUAAUAGCUGGAUACCAAAUGCAUGAGCGAGGCUUUAUUGAAACACAUUAUAUUAGUAGUGUCAAAGGUGCGCCCGAGACAAUAAAAACUAUGCUCAAAGAUGUUCCUAGUCAUUAUGACCAUGUUUAUUUGACAUUGUCUCGAAGAGGAGCGCGAGUUCUUGCAUUAGGAUACAGGAGUUUAGGAAAACUGACUUCUCAAGAAAUUAGAGAUUUAUCCAGAGAAGAUAUAGAGUGUGAUUUGACAUUCGUUGGUUUCGUUAUAAUUUCAUGUCCGUUAAAAAGUGACUCGAAGAAAGCUAUUGCUGAGAUUGUUCAUGCAUCACAUUCAGUUGUUAUGAUUACCGGUGAUAAUCCAUUGACAGCAUGUCACGUUGCCAAAGAAUUGAAAUUUACACAAAAGAAUGAAGUUCUUAUUUUGACAGAAGUGAAUGAUGAUUGGGCAUGGAAGUCUAUAGAUGAUAAUGUCGUGUUACCAAUAAGUAAUCAAUCGGAGAGAGAAUUGAUUAAAAAAUAUGAUCUGUGCAUCACCGGAGAAGGUCUAACAUUCCUAAAUGAACAUUACCAUGAACUUAUGAUUAAAUUAAUGCCUUAUAUUAAAGUAUUUGCGAGAUUUGCACCGAAACAGAAAGAAUUUGUAAUUAUUACUCUAAAAUCGUUAGGUUACGUGACUUUGAUGUGCGGUGACGGUACAAAUGAUGUUGGCGCUUUGAAACAUGCCGAUGUGGGUGUGGCAAUAUUAGCGAACGCACCAGAGCGUGCCCGUGAGAAGCCCCGUGAGGAGCGCACACCGGAGCCGGAGCUCCCGCGGCGGCUGCCGGGGCCGCGCACGGAUGCGAGGGCGGAGGCUCGCGCUGAGGCCGCGGCGAGACUGCGUAGAGCCAUGAAGAAGCUGGAAGAAGAAGAUCAACCACAAUUGGUUAGGUUAGGGGAUGCUAGUGUGGCAGCGCCGUUCACCAGUCGCUUAUCCAGUAUACUGUGUAUAUGUCACAUAAUCAAGCAGGGACGGUGCACGCUGGUGACGACGCUGCAGAUGUUCAAGAUCCUGGCGCUGAACGCGCUGAUCCUGGCGUACAGUCAGUCCGUGCUGUACCUGGACGGCAUCAAGUUCAGCGACACUCAGGCCACGCUGCAGAGUCUGCUGCUCGCCUCUUGCUUCCUCUUUAUAUCACGAUCAAAGCCACUGAAGCAGCUGUCGAAGGAGCGUCCUCUCCCCAACAUCUUCAAUAUGUACACAAUAAUGACAGUACUGGCGCAGUUCGCGGUGCACUUCCUCUGCCUCAUAUACUUGGUGCGAGAGGCGACAGCGCGCUCGCCUGACAGAGAUGUGAAGCCAAAGUUGGACAUGGAUCUGCAGGAGAACGAGGAGCGCGAGUUCGCUCCGGACUUACUCAACAGUACCGUAUACAUUAUCUCAAUGGCGCUGCAAGUCUCCACAUUCGCUAUUAACUACAGGGGUGAGCCGUUCAUGGAGGGUCUGCGCGACAACAAGCCGCUGCUGUACAGCGUGGCGCUGUCAGGCGGCGCCGUGCUGGCGCUGGCUGCCGGUGUGCUGCCUGACCUGACCAACAUGUUCGAGAUCGUCUACUUCCCGCCUGACUACCGAGUGAUAUUAAUACAAGUGCUGAUAGCGGACAUGGUGUUCGCGUAUCUCGCGGACCGCGCAUGUCUCUGGCUGUUCGGUGAAGGUCGCGCCGCCUCGCCCGCUUAGUGCGUGUAGUGCGUGUAGUGCGCGUAGUGCGCGUAGUGCGCGUAGUGCGCGUAGUCCGCGUAGUGCGCGUAGUGCGCGUAGUGCGCGUAGUGCGCGUAGUGCGCGUACCGCUCAACAACUGCAUUUAUAUGUGAAAGUAUCCUCGGUGUACCGAUUUAAUGAAAUAAAAUGUAUUUAGUAUUGAAAUAAAUUAUUUAUGUGUCGUCUUGUUUGAUUUCGAUUGACGGAUAUUAUAUGAAUAAAUGGAUAAG